UGUGACCGCUUUCUGUCAUUUCAAAUCCACUAAACCACGCGUCGUGACGGCUGUCUUCACAAUUUUUAUUGAUUUAAAAAUUAAUUUUUGGAAAUUCAAUAUUUCCGUUGCAAUUCCAUUUUACGACGAAUCGGUUUCGUCAUUUACCUCCAAAAGCAACAAAAACCGCACGAAUAUCAAACGUAUAUACUGAACCCAUCCGCUUACAAAUCGACAAAAUAAAAGUCCUGACGCCAGUCAUCAAAAUGGACGAUCAGUACCGCAUGAUAAUCGAAGACAUUGAAUCAUUGCUCAAUGAAAGCUGUGACAUGGCGACUCCGCCAGCGGAUGUCCCUGUGACGAUGAAACCAUUCGGUUUCCUACCGUACAAGUGUUUCGAAACCCUCCAAAACGAGGCACCGAUACUCGGCCUGUAUAGAAAAUGGUCGACAGUGGAAUCGGACGAGUUUAUUGUCCAACAUCAUUCCACGGAACAACGAACAAUUGCAGCACCACCAUUACCGGUAUACAAUUGGACGGUCGAAAUGAUGCAGAGUGUACUGCUAAAUUUCUGGAACGCUCGGCUGCGCCAGAAUAUGAUGAUGACGAAGCGUACGUGUUCAUUUUGUAAAAAGAACGGCAUGAAUUAUGCCAUUUAUUCGUCGCAUUCCCUACGACUCAACGGUGUACUUCAGUGUCCAUACCUACUGAAAUGCCAAUGCAGUUUUUGCUUCAAGAAUGGACACACCACGAGCUACUGUCCACUGAAGGCAGCAGGAAUGACAGGAACGGCAGGAAUUUACUGAAUGUACUCGUUCGCCGAUCCCAAAAACAUCGCUUAUUUCUACAGUUUCCGGUAUCAUCAUUUCAAUUUACUUCAAAGUUUUAUUUUAUUCAAAAUCAUUUUCAUCCGUCCAAUAUUUUUAUUGCGAACGGUUUUUCAUUUUCCAAUAAAUUAAUGC